CAUUAUGUAUCAUUAUACCGGUCCGCGCCGCGCGGUGUGCACUGCAGUUACUGGGCCAGGCGCGCGUGUGUGCUUUUCUCUCUUCUUCGUCGUCAUCGUCGUCGUCGUCAUCUUCUUCUUCUUCUUCUUCCUUUCCACGCUGGCCGGCGAAUCGUCGCGACCGUUCACGUCGGCACCACGAUGAUCAUCGGCGAAUAAUCACGGCGACGCGCGUGGAAAAAGUCACUUGCUGGCUGCUGUUCAGCGAGCGUGCGCGCGCGCGCACGCGUGUGUCAUCGGCAACGUACAAUUAAAUCACGGCUACGCAAUUCGCGCGAGUGUACUGUCACGGCCCAGUCGUAUCAGCAGAUUACUGGUUCCCGUCGGAGAAGCUGGACCGACCGGGUGAUCCGGCAGUCCAACCGUUGCUCAUCGGUUCACGUUCGCGUACAUCCGAUCGUUGCCGCGACAUCUCCCCCCGGGUGGUGCACAUCGCGUAAUCGCGUGUCGAAAGUGACGUACGAUCAGUGAUCGAGAGGCUGGAGCAACACGCGCUCCGUCGCGCAGUGGAAGGUAUCAGUAUGUUGAUGUCCAGUCGGUUCGGUCCCGAGGAACGAUACGUUCGAUGUAAAUCGGCAACGAGCUGACGUGAACAACGCUCGUGCAGUGACGUACGACAUCGCUUGUGUACGACUGUUGUGUGUCUGUUCGAAAAGCACAGCCUUUGGAUUGAAUCUACCAGCUAAAAAGCUUGCGCGGGUGAAGUGAUCAGUGGACCCAACAGCCGAACAGACUCAGACUUCCCGCGCGAAAUCUCAAGACAGUGAAUAUGUGAACUAUAACACCUAGUGACAAUCCGAACGUCUCGUUCUUUCCAACGUGACAGUGAAACUUGAUACCAAAUUAGCCCCGGAUCGAUCACAACAAUCAGCGGUUGAUUGAGAGUAGCCGAAGGUACGGCCAGGGAUUAUCUUGAACCAAUGUCUACCCCUUCAGCCAGCGAGUUAAUUUUGUUACCAUAAUUGAGGUGACCAGUUGGUUCACGUGGAACAGAAGCCCCAAGAUUCGGGCCCCAUACGGUGUUCGCGCGACGGCGGCGGCGACGACGUCGUCGGCGAGUUUGUCCGCGAGAACGGUAGGCUGUGGCGGCGGCAUCGACGUCGCGACUAAGGUGGAGCGUCCGGGCAGCACGACGACGCUCAACUUCACGGACCUGGGGAGCCCAUUCGGGGCGGGCGACCCCUGUCCGUCUAGUACCCCGACCCCGAAUAGUAUGUCGGGAGGCGGUGGACCGUCUGGUGGUGGCGGUGGUGGAGGUGGCGGUGGUGCAGGUGCAGGAGGCGGUGGUUCCGACAUGGAACAACAUCUUCAUCACACGGGUUUGGGUUCGGUGACACCUGGACCACCCGGUGGUAACGGUGGUGACAGUACGACGUCUAGUACCCCAGUUUCUCAAAGUGGCAAGUCGGCGUUCAUCGAGUUGCAACACAAUAAUCUGUACAAUCCCGCCAGUCUUCGUGGUGGUUAUCCCGGCGGACACAAUGUGCCCGGUGCUCAUCAGUUCUCGCAUCAAGUUGGCGCGCUAGGUCAUCAAACGUCCGGACCAGGCAGCGGGAAUCAACAACACGCGGAGGCAGGAUUCCCCAGUCCUAGGUCCGCGCUAGCCGGAUAUCCGUUCCCACCCAUGCACCAGCACAACGCCUACGGAUAUCACCUGGGAUCGUACGCGCCCCAAUGCCCCUCGCCGCCCAAGGACGGUGAGUACCCCAACUGGUGGUGCAUGUUCGCAGACCUCUCGCCAUUGGGUGACAAGGGUGGCAGCCUGGUGGACGAACUGGGUGGCGGUGGAGGUGGUUCCCUGAGAAACGGCAAGGGUAAGAAGAUGAGGAAACCACGGACGAUCUAUAGCAGCUUGCAAUUGCAACAGCUCAACAGGCGGUUCCAGAGGACACAGUACCUAGCGCUACCGGAAAGAGCCGAAUUAGCGGCGAGUCUCGGAUUGACGCAAACGCAGGUGAAAAUCUGGUUCCAGAAUAGAAGAAGUAAAUACAAGAAGAUGAUGAAAGCGGCACAGCAGGGUGGCGGAGGCGGUGGAGGGCAACACGGUAGUCUCCUAGCCGGUGGAACCGCUCUGCCUGGAGGACCAUCCCCUCAACCGGGUCAACCCGGAAGUCUCAUGCAAGGAGGUGGCGGAAGUUCUGUGUCGGGUAGUCCGACGACAGGGUACCUCGGAGGGAUGGGCGGUGGUGCAGGGGGUCACACCCCCGGCAGUUCGAGCCCCGGAAGCGAGAUGUCGCCUCAGCACAACGAGAGUCCACCCGCACCCUCUUGGCCGGGCGAGAUGAAGCACCAUCCGCAUCCGCACGCGCCACCGCAUACCCACCACCACCCCCAUACGCCUGGACACCAUCCACCGCCUCCGCCGCCACCACCCCAUCACGCGGGUUACAUGCCACAGUACUCCUGGUAUCAGGCAGAUCCUAAUCCCGGACUCCUCACGGUAUGGCCAGCGGUUUAACGAAGAUGUCGUUCGAACUGUGUUCAGGAGGAACCUCUUCUUCGUAGCACCGCGGACGUGCCAGCGCCCCUGCCUCAAAGUGUGAAUACGUAUAGCACCUGUCGCGAUGGAAUUCGUGUUCGAUGUUAAUAUUGUUUCUAUUCUAUUACGGUCGAUUUCCAUAUGAACCUGUCCAAGGUGACAGAUUUCUCCGUCGUAGCAAACUUAGAGAAUCUGGAUCGUCCAAGACGAGACAACCUGCUAAAUCAAACGCGAACAAUCUUGACGAAAAAUGUAAAUCACGAACGAUUAUUUAUCAUAAACGAUGAUCGCGAAUGAUUGAUCGUUAAAGAUAUGACGAAAACCGAUCUCGUUUACUGACGCUGCCUAACGCGAAACCGGAAGCGCGGCUAAUUGUCAGUCACAAGAAUCGCGAAACGUGUAGAAUCUCCUAUUAAAGAUCGUCAUUGAAUCCACGAAACCGGACGAACUAGGUUAACCGAUCGUUGAUCGAUCUAACAGAGCAUCAUUAUCCUCAUCGAAGAUUUCAACUGACCGGGAUAAAGUUUCCUUAGCUUCGUUAAAUGUCAAGUUGGCGAAUCGCGGUAUGGCGAAUACGUCGGUGUACAAUUAUCCCGUUCGGCUCGGACCAAGGAUCCGUUUUCGGACCACGAUCUUUUCGCAUCCAUCCAAAGCGAUCUCCGUUCGUCUGGUAAAUGUCAAUCCGUUCGAUGACGUUAGUCGAUCUAUCCCCUUGUGACAGUUGGCCAAUCGAAAUGGCUGACCCACUUCGUGCUGGAUGCUGUGAUCCAACGUCGUGCGAGCGAGAAGAAUGGAUAAAGGGGGGCAGCAAAGGAACGGACGAAGGGAGAAUGAGAGAAAGGGAGUGAGAAGCGUUGCAGAAACUCGUGGUCGUCGAGAGUGGUCGUUCCUCAAGGCGGUUGGAAGUAAUGAAAUCCUAAUGACAUUUUCGUGAGUCAAACGAUCUCGGCAAUCACGGUGGCGCGGUGUAAUCACCGGUCCCUCCUUUCCGGAUGAAGCAACGUACCUCCUCCGAAAAGGAGCGGAGAACGCGAGUUACGCGCGUGCGAUUUUCGACGAAUCUCCAAGAGGAUGAGCGACGAGGAUGGGGACUGGAGAAAAAUCAUUAUCCCGAGCGACGACGCGACGGACAGCUGUGACGUGCGUGUUCAUUAAAUUCAUGAAAGUCACUCAGUUUAGUGUUUCGUGCGUGUUGAAUCAGAAUCGGUGACACUUCUUUUCUUUUCUUUUUUUUACAGUGGUAUCCCGGUGGUAACUCGAAUUUCCGUCAAGAUUCAUCAUCUCUCCCUUCGUUCGUGACCGUUCGUCGGCGUACGUCGAAACGUUCCAGGUUUUACGCUGUUUUUACCGUUUCCCGUCGGCCAUGUUGGCUCACCCUUGCCAUCUUGCGUCCGCCAACGAUCUAGCUAGCUUUCAAAAGAGACACCACGAAACCGCAGAAAAAGACGGUUGCGGUUUACGACCAAGGGGAAACUGGGAGGGUCGGUGAAGCCCCACCGCUGACCCAAAUCCUCUGGCGUGUCGGUGCAACAAUGGUCGUCUCAUGAGAACGCGGUCUCGCACGGUUCCUUUACUUCCUGAUUCUGCCUUCUUUUUUCGCCUACAAAGAUUGCCCGCCGUCUGGCCAACGACGCGACGGAAUUCGUGAAAUCCGCGCCGAGAUAACCCUUUCAUACUUUACCACCCUCUUUCGGUGAAAUCCUUCAAACUUCUUUAUAUUCAAAAUAAACAGAACCUCGAUUAAAGGGCCUAAUUAAAAAUGUAUUUUGUAUACAAAAGAAGCUUUUUACAAAAAUAUGCUGUAAUUAAGUUUGCGCUUAGAAAUACUUCAUCGUGUCUAUCGAAUUUUUCAUCAACUUUUUAAAUUCAAAUUCAAAUCGAGGUCCUGCCUGUAAUAUAAUUCAAAAAUCAACAUCGCGAUGUUGAAAAGUCAGUUUCACGUCGCUUUCGUGUUCCUCGAAAAAUCCGCGCGAAGGAAAAACGGGGACGAGUUAGAUCGACGGGCCUAGUUCACGCGACUUUCCAUCAGAAUUCCAGCGUCGCGAUUCCAGGCGUCGGGCGACGACAAUCGGGACGCGGUAUCUCGAGUGUACGCGGAGAACGUUUCAACGCGACGAUGACGACAAUGAUUCCCUCCGUGUAUACUAAUAAGUGCCGUUAGCUUCGACCGCAGAGAAGAAGCGGUUCUUGCGUUUUCGAUUCGGUGCAAUAAGGAGGCGUGCGCGUGUAUAAUUUAAGACGAAGUUCCCUCAGUUCCUAAAUUGCGUGUAGAUGCGAGUGUAUUAGCGAGAAAACAGCGUAAAACGCGCGAGCGAGGAUGAGCGUGUUACUCGACGGCGAAGCGGAAACGGGACGGUGAACGUUGUGCAAAGAACGGAGAAAAAUAAAAA